CUGGAGCCCCCUCCCCCUUUCUCUGUCUCUCUCCUCCGUUCGGGUCCGACCCGACACGACCCGAUCCCUAGGCGCGACCCGGCCGGACCUUUGCCCUCUCUUCUCGCCUCUACGCCCGCUUUGUCGCCCGCCGUCUUCACGUGCUUACAACACUCUCUCUUACCGCCCCUAUUCGUCGUCUCCGUUACCACUCACUCGCACGCUUCUUCGGCGUCCACACCCGCCCCGGCGUCCCCUCGGAAUUCCGAAAUAACCGACGUAGAGUUUCCGCGCACGGUCCUUCCUCCACCUCCCUCCGUCGACUCCUACUUCGGCACCGGCGGUGAACCAUCGCCCCGCUCCUUCCACGUAGACUCGCAGCCGCGAGACACGCGUUGGUUUGUGAAACCGGCUUGAAGGACACACGCAUACGUAGGCAAACACAUACACACCGACCGGCAAGGCGCGCGCGCGCUCGCUCGCACACCCUCGACGGCGACCAACUGCAGCCUGUGUGUAAAAGAAGAGAGAUACUCGUUGAAAAGCGCGCGGCUAGAGUGCUGCACACUCCUGGCCGACGUUUAGCUUCGAAGGCUUUCAAGCUUUGCCAGACUACUACCACUACUACCGCUGCUGCUGUUACUACUACUACUACCACUAUUACUACUACUACUACUACGCUUUCCGAGUGCGCCGCGCGAAGAUCGAAGGAGGGACAGAGGAAGUAGAGUGAAGGAGGAGUCGAUAGAGAGAUCGACGACCUUCGCCGUCGUCUUAUCACCGAGCCAAGGAGCGGCCGUCAUCUCGCCUAAAACCGGCCGGAGCCUAAUCGCUGUCGAUAUAGCUUCACCUCUUCGCUUCUUCUUACUCCGGUGAGAUAUCUCUCUCCAUCCCUGUCCCGCCCGUCCCCCCGCGCCAGCAGCUUUCGCCCUCUCGGAGAUUAUCGAGCGGGUAACGCGUGUGCCAUCGCCUCCUUCACACGGCCUACGAGCAAAGAGUCGCAAAAUCGCUAACCGUCGACGACGACGCCUACGUAAGUCCGCCGCACUUCUUGGGCUAACUCGCCGCGACGGAAUCGAUAUCGGGCGAGAGAGCGUGCGAGAGAGUGGAGCAGCGACGUCGAUAAGCCACGCUCGAAACAGCCGACGUCGUCGCUGAUAAACGCGAGUCCCGCGAGACGGUUAUAUUCGCCUCGCGACUACCACGAGGAAGAGGGCGACGCGCGGGUUCCGAGAGGGAAGGUCGAGAUCGCGACGCCGAGUUCCACGCGGAAGAUCCACGACGACAUACAGGAAGAAGCCGCGGGUCGUCGCGCGUUCAUGGGACACUAAGUUCGUCGCAUCGCGCUUAAACGGCAGAUCCUCUUCUUUGCCGUAAGGUACACAGUCUGAAGUAGUUGCACGACUCCGCGGGAUUUCGGUUGGGUGUGCGAACAGUGAAGAGAGGGAGAGAAAAGGAGAGAGAGGAGGGGUGUGUGAGUGUGUGCGAACGUGUUUGAGCGAGCGAGUGGGGCGUGAAAGAACGAAAGAGAGAAAGAGAGGGAGAGAUUGACGACAGGUGAGAGUGGUGGAACGCAAGGGUUCACUGUUGGGCACCGCGAAAUCCCGGGAACGAGUGCCGACGAGCCGUCGCGCGAGGUGGUCGUACUCCAUAAAUCGAAACGUGUAUAUCCUUGGCAAGAUCAGUUCGAUCGACGUGAGUGAACGCGACCAGAGGGAAGGAGACCUCGACCACGAGGAAAGGAAGGUUUAGGAAGGAAGAGAGAGAUAGAGAGAGAUAGGAGAGGGAGAUCGGUGUAGUCGGUGGUCGUAGAGUCGGACUACUCGUAGAGGUCAGCGACGGGGAUACUCGGUCUUCCAGGAGUGGAAGAAUGGCAAUGGUCAACAUGACUAGCCUACUGAACGGCAAGGACUCGCGGUGGCUGCAGCUAGAGGUUUGCAGGGAGUUCCAGCGCAACAAGUGCACCAGGCCCGACACGGAGUGCAAGUUCGCCCAUCCGCCAGCUAACGUCGAGGUGCAGAACGGACGGGUCACCGCCUGCUACGACAGUAUCAAGGGUCGGUGUAACCGGGAGAAGCCGCCGUGCAAGUAUUUCCAUCCUCCACAGCAUCUGAAAGACCAACUCCUGAUAAACGGUCGCAACCACCUAGCAUUGAAAAACGCACUGAUGCAGCAGAUGGGCCUUACGCCGGGUCAGCCUCUCGUGCCUGGCCAGGUACCAGCAGUGGCGACGAAUCCGUACCUGACCGGUAUGCCGCAGGUGGGCAAUACAUACAGCCCGUACUUCGCGCCCAGCCCGAUAAUGCCGGCGAUAAUGGGCCCGGCAGACCCGACGGGCGUCGGCAGUCCGCUCGGCGUGGUGCCGCAGACGGUGGCGAUGCCGCAGAAGAUGCCGCGUACCGACCGCCUCGAGGUAUGUCGCGAGUUUCAACGCGGGGCGUGCAAACGCGGCGAGACGGAGUGCCGGUUUGCGCACCCCCUCGAGACGGUGCAGGCGAACGAGGACGGCUCUGUGACGGUCUGCAUGGACGCUGUCAAGGGCCGAUGCAAUCGGGACCCCUGCCGCUAUUUCCACCCCCCUCUGCACCUUCAAGCCCACAUUAAGGCCGCACAAUCUCGGGCUAGCAUUGCGACGGCGACAAUGCCGACGAACGUGACGGGAAUAGAUGCGUUGGCUGGCGGAGUAUCAGGAGUGCCGGCAACUGCGAUGCCCGGAGGACUUCAGAGCGCCGGUAUGGCGAGCAUCGAGCUCGGCAAGAAGCGGAUGCGCGACUCCAAUGAUGAUCUGCUAAUGAUGGACAUGAAGUCUGUCGGGUCGUUCUACUACGAGAACUUUACCUUCCCAGGGAUGGUUCCGUAUAAACGACCGGCGGCCGACAAGUCCGGCGUGCCGGUCUAUCAGCCUACCGGCGCGACGACCUAUCAGCAGUUAAUGCAGCUGCAGCAGCCCUUCGUGCCUGUGUCAUGUGAGUACACUGGAACACCACCCCUACCCACCCAAACCUCUAACCAAUCGGUCGUGCAACCCCCGAACGUGCAAAGCAACCACCACGCGAUGGUGGUGCAGUCCUCCUCCUCCCAGGGAGCCGCUGGCGCCACAGUCAAUAACUGCGCCGACGCCAACAAUGGCGUGCUGAUGGAUCCCUGCAACAAUCCGCCGCCGCCACCUCCGACCGCCGACAAUAACAGUAACAAUAAUAACGGCAAUAACAAGCAGCCGGUGACCGCACAGAAUCACGACGCCGAAAACGCGCGUAACUCCCCCGAAUUGAAACACCCGAGCCCGUCGUCGUCGCUGCAGCAGCAGCAGCUACACCAACAUCAGCAGCAGCAACAGAUCAACCAGCUGGCGCUGUCGGCGGCUGCGUGCGUGCCGCCGGCGAUGAGUCCGUUGACCUCGAUGGCCGGCUUGACCUCGAUGCCCGGCGUGGUGAACAUGGCCUCGAUGGCCUCGAUGGCCUCCAUGGCGAAUAUGCCGUCUAUAACGAACAUGAGCUCCGUCGGUAGCUACAAUGCCUCGAACAUGGCGAGUCUGAACAUGCUCAACAGCCUCGGUAUGGCGUCCGGCUUACCAGCCUCGGCUCUCGAUCCCGCGGCUCUCGCUAAAGAGGUCGCCCAGAAGAACUACGCCAAGGCCAUCAAGCUGUCGCAGGCGCCGCAGUCUUACGCCGGCAUCAGCCAGCUCGCCGCGCUCAAUUACACCGGCGUCGCUCUGAACAAGCAGAACCUCGUGAAUCCCGCGGCCGCCGCCGCCGCGGCCGCCGCCGGGAAUCCCGCGGUGGCUGCCGGUCUUCAGGCCACCGCGGCCACUCCCAGACCGGUCAUCCCGGGUCUGGCCGGUAUCCCGGGCGCCUUGACCUCUCCGUUGUCCGCGGGCAUCCUGGCCUACUCGAGACCGCCGCCCACCGCGACACCUAUCAAUCCCUAUUCCCUCAUCAGACAGCAGAUCUUGCCGAAUCCCUACGUCCAGGCGUCGAUACCGACCGUGCCUGGUGCGACCGUGCAGACCACACCCUACGUCCAGAAUCCGUACGCCGUGUUGCCCGGGGUAGCCGGCGUACCGGCCGGCGUUGCGGCCGCGGGUGUCCCGCAGAUACCGCAGAUCGGCAAUCCGGCGACGAUAGCGGCCCAGCCGCAGGUGGCGAUCCCCGUGAGCUCCGGCGUCAUCAUGCAGCCGUACAAAAAGAUGAAGACCUCGUAAAUACCCCCUCGCACGCCGCCGGCUCGGGAAGGCUCGUCACGAGAGUGCCGCCGCCUUCUCUUCUCUCCCUCGCGAGAACGAGAGUUCCGCCGACGACGACUGCGUCGUUAGUGGCGCCUCUUAGAUUAUUCUAGAGUAUCUUUACGAUUAGCAGUCAAUUUCGCGUACACACACGCGUACGUAUGCACGAACGAUCCGCGGGGUUAUUUAGCUAUUUAGGACAGUCUAGCGAGUGAGAGAUAGCGGCUGUAAUCACCAGUCUGGUGUAUUUUGCUUCUUCGAGAGAUCGAUACGUUCAGCCGGAAAUUCGUCCGGGUGGACUGCGAGACGUACAUCCGUUCGCGUGAUCAGGUGGGAAUUAAUUGUAGAGUAUCGGGCAUUCCCGACAGGAAGGAUCGCAAGCUAUGCGCACACCGGGCCUCGGUACAAACGCCCUCUUUUCGUACCUUCUUAUUCCCACUUUUUUUAUAUUUCGCUGGUACGAGUAGAGCGAGCACGUGUAACUUUGGCUGUCUGAGAGAGCGAGAGAGAAAAGUAAAUCGAAUUGCAAUUGUUUUAGCUUUAAUCUAUUUAAUAUUGCGCGGGAGAAAAAGUCGUGUUUAAUUCAUCAGCGGGACGGUGGAAAACGUGCGUGACACCGAUAUUAAAUAGCCGGUGCCGAAGAAAGAGUAAAAGAAAAAAAAUAACAGAGAAAGAGAAAAAACGAGAGAUCGGUCUCCGUUCGCGAGAGGGACAGAAUGUUUAACUGAGCGACUGCGGCGAGGCGAGAAGUGGCAGAUGCUGGUAUAAAGGAAAAAAAAAAGAGAAAAUGAGAGAAAAGGCAACAAAAAAAAAAUGGAGGAGAAUGAAAACAAGUUCCGAAAAUAGAUUCAUUUUCUAGUCAGACAUUGUCGGUGAACAGUGCCUUAUUGACCCGAUUCCAUUUGGAGCGUUUUGAGCGUACAAGAGAGAAAGAGAAACGGCGACGACGAGCAACGCGAGGAGAUACCGGGAUCCUUUCCCGUCAUAUUGCCCGCUUGUUCGAGUGACUAAGGAAGAUACGUGACUACCGUUCCGAUCUUGUUUCUGUCGAAGUGAAUCUGGAACGACUUGCCGGUCGAAAACCGCGUUCGAGAGAGAAAAAGAGGAAGAGAGAGAGAAAGAGAGAGGGCGAGAGAGCCUGCGGAGAUAUCGAGCGUGGUUGGAGCCACAUGGAUUUCUAUAGUCCUUUAUUUUAUAUAUUUUAAUGUUCUCGUAGGAUAAAGAAAAAAGGGCGACUUUUGCGACGCACUUUUCGUCAAUCAGGUCGAUCGAGCUUCGCCGAUUUAUUUAGCGCCUAGUUUACAGUGGAGAACUAUCGAAAGUGUUAUGUGUCGUUGCGUGACUCUGUUUUGUUUUAUCCUGUUUUUUCCUCUCUUUUUCUUAUUUUAACGAUAGGGUAAACGGUGAAUUAGUCAAUUCGCGCCCGCGUUCGGCGCCGCAAUAUUUUGCCCUUUUUAUUUCGGGAGUACACCAAUUUCUGUGUUAUUAGCUCAUUCGUCCAAAUUUUAUCGUGUAACGUCCGCCACAAGCAAGACGAAAAAUCGACGCUCGGCCUAUUGUCACGUUACGCGCGAGAUACUUGCCUUUAAGUCCGUAGUGUUAAUUAAUGUUCGCGAUCAGAGUUCUCGAGAAUGAUUAUCGUCCGUAGCCGAGUCGUUUUAUUAGAGAUCUUAUUUCGCUUGUUUAUGUACACUAGCAAAAAUUCGAAAUUUUAUUCGCUCGUUUAUCGCGGAUGUUCCGUUAACGAGGCUAUAAAAAUAGUCGCGCCUUAGCGUUACUUAGCAUAUUGUUGAGAGAAAAAGAAAGCUGUUUUCUUCGUUAUCGUACCGAUAACGAUGUCGGAGUUGUGCCGUGAAUAUUUGUACGAGACUCGUGCCGCGAAUAUGUUUGUUAAUGUUUACCGAGAACAGGUUGUUUUGAAAAUUUUUAUUGAUUUGACUUGUACUUUUAAUUGUUUAAUUUAAGUGUACACCACACCUGUGCGUGUGGUAACGUAUAUUUCCUAGAAACACCUUGCACACAUCGACGCGCAUAAACUCGACCGGAAAUAGUGCGAUAUUUCCGGCGGGUCCUUAGUUGUCCUAUAGUUAUACACGUAGGAUCUAGGCAUGUAAUCGUUCGUUUUAUUUAGUGUACUAUCUUUAGCGUUAAGCGUGCUCGGACACAACGUACUCUUCUAUCCUGACUCGGAUUCAAUUCGGGGGAGUUUGUUGCACACGGUGUGAACUUCGUCAAUUGCGACCUACGAGCUUAUGCAUUUCACCGAGAGAGAGAGAGAGAGAGAGAGAGAGGGAUGAAAGAAGUGCGAAAAAGCGAGGAAAAGAGAGGGAACAGAGGAAACGAGAAAGAAACACAAGAGAUGAGAAUAAGAAACGGCGUGUCCGCGAAACACGCGGAUGCAUUUACGUGAAGCUCGAGAGUGAGAGAGAGAGAGAUAGAGGGAGGAGGAUGAGAGAAAGAGUAAAAACGGUCGGUCUAACUUCGGGGGCGGUGAGACGGAAGGAGAAGCGUCUCGUCGAUCACUCUUCGAAGGUGGAAGGAAAAAAAACGAGUUCACAUGCGCAUCAUAGUACACGACCGCACAAACAUUACACCUAAGACACUCACACGAGUUACAUGAUAGACACUGCGUAUAUUUUUAUUAAUUAUAUGCCGGAGAGAAGAGAAAGAGAGAACGGGAAGCGCGACGCGGGACGCGGGACGUUACACCGAGGGAGAUUCGCGUGCUUUUUGGGAGGAUGCGAAGAAAUGCGCGCUACAACCUACUUUUCUAUUUCUCUUUCUCUUCUUGCCGCUUAUCCGCGUUCACGUGUCUGCCAGUGAUUUGAAAAAGUUCGUUUAAGUCCGGAUGCAUAGUUAAACAUCCGCAUGCAUACAUACGCGUGCGUGGUUUGUAAAUAAUUCUUUUCUUUAUACACGUUACGAAACCGGAAAGAGGAGACAUGUCUGUCGCAUGCAUUAGAGUUAUACAUAUAUAUACAUGCAUAUAUACAUAUAUAUAUGUAUAUAUGUAUAGGCGUGUACAAUGUACCGAGAGCACUCGCUGGCACGUAUAGCGGAGAAUAAACGAAACGGCCGGUCGUAUCGUAAUUUCGCGGACUGGAAAACCGGGCGAACGAAUUGUACGACGGUAGGAAUUUGUGUACUCGAAAACGCGGAAGAACAGAAUGAGGUAUUCCCGAGGAUCCCGGCGCGUACAUACACGUACCAGGGUGUGUACGUGCGCACACCACGCGAGAGAGCGAGAUUUACUUUCGGCGAGCCGUUCGGCAAAAAUCCACUCGGCGCCAAGUUCGUGGUAUACACGCCGCUGAAAAUGUACAUUACGAAUCGCGCGGGUCUAAUUUUAAUCCCCUCGUCGUGACGCGACUCGAGAGAUGGAAUUGCAAUCACCGGGAAAUUUAUUCGGAUUGCGUUACACCGCAUCUUUCGCCGGCGGUGAGCAACGUCGUCGCGCUCCGGCAGAGCGGCGACGAGGGGAAGCGGACGGAGCGUGUGCAUUUCCUCAAUUCCUCCGGUUCUUCCGCGAUAUUAGAAACAACUUCUUCCGACGGGUCACAAUGUGUCACCUACGCACAAGACUGUAGAGCGAGGUCGUUUUUGCCGAUUCUGGAGACCGGCGGCUCUUAACUCGCGUGAUAGGGUCGGGUCGCGAAGCAAUUCUCUCAUGGAUAUCCAUUCUCGCUCGUUAAUACUCAACCAAUUGUCCGUUGUUCACAUUAUAAUCUCCGACUUUGCACAUAGAUAAGUAUUUAACGCGUUUAACAGUUUCACAACCUGGGCAUAAAUUUCUCAUAUAUAUAAUUAUAUACAUUUGUAUAUAAUUACAUCCAAUUAUGUGUAAUUAUAUAUAAUUAUAUUUAAUCAUAUAUGUGAAAAAUUUUUCCCGGGGAGUGAUCACUUGCGAAAGACUUUUCUCGUGGCCUACUGUCCAUCUAGUCCUGAAGACUGAAGUUCGCGAAGUCAUUAUUCAUUUGAGCCAAUGAUGUAUCAUGAACGUUCGUUCCGACGACUCAUUUUAAUCGUGAUCCAUGAACUGAUUCCACAACGCAAAGAACAGUCGAGUCUCAUUUGAGCCACUCACAAGCCGGAGAUGAGAUUACGAGCCGCCGUUGCUCUAGAAGUCGAGAAUCCUCGAGAGUGUACCACGGUCUUCCAUAACGAACGCCAAGCGACAGAACUCUUCAAGGCGAAUGCAUUCUACUUCGUGCUCUCGUGUCUCACGAGCGGGAGAAUUUGCGCGAAGCUCACUCGUCCCCGGAGAAGAAAUUGUUUCUAGCCUUACGACGAACGCGCGUGCGGACGAUCUUUUGUGAUAAUAUGUAAUGUAUUACACUGACGUACACACGUACACACGCACACAUCAUUCUCGCAUAAGCGUGGGCACCGGAGUACACUAGGAUCUCGGGCCUUUCGGUGACCUUGCACGGCGUCAAUCUAACAUUUGCAUAGAUAUACAUGCAACAUACACACACACACGACACCGGUACUUAUGACGCCAUCAGACGUCGCGAUCGCACGUCGUGGCGUCAUACGUGACGUCGUCGGCGCUGAAAAGGGCUCGAGUGGGUGACGAUGUGCACACGGUCAUCCACGUGCACAAAGUCUUGAAACGGCCUUGGACAAGAGCCGGAGACACUCGGCGAAUGAAGUGCGCAAUGAAGUCCCGUAUUCGACUUCGCGACAAGGCUCUACAAUUAAGGUCCGACUUCUCGGCCUCGUGAGAGUUAGUGAAAGUCGAUGAAGACAAGCUGAAUUACAGAUUACGGACCGACACAUUUUAGGGUUCCUCAAAACUUGAUGUCUACAAAUUAUAUACGUACAUUAUCGAGAGGAGGAUGGCUGGUUUUUUUAAAUUCACACCGAGAGCCCGGAAUCGCGUUCCGGCGCGACGCGCCGCUCCGCCGGAGCAGCGCGUCGUCACCGCCGUUGUUGUUGCACCGUAGAGAAGCGUUUCCUUAGAACUGUGAUUGUUUUGUCGCAAGGCUAACUAACCGCGUACUUCCAUAAGAGGGAUGUUCGUUAUAUUUUACUAGAGGAGAGUUAUUCUUUUAAAAAAAGUAUGUGUAUUAGAGUAGCGUCUCUCGUGCGUGUACGAAUGAACGUCGGGGACGAGACGAGAGACGAUGACGUAGAAGAGACUAAAAACGCAGUCCCGUGUUUUCGGUGUGACGUCGGCUUAAAAACAGCGGAAGUGCCUUCCCCUUGCACUCUAUACACCAUUGCACACAGAGAGAGAACACGUAUACAACAGAUACAUUUAUUUAGACUCGCGACACAAGAGAGAGAAGCACUACUUACGAUUUAAAAGAAAGAGGAAAAGAAAAUAACUUACCCGA